CCGCGCCCCGGGCGCCUGCGACCACAGCGGCCGCCCGGGGAGGAAGAGGAGGAAGAGGAGGAGGGGGAGGUGACAAACUCUCCGGCUCGGCGCGGCGGCCGGCAGCCCGCGGUCAGGCAUGCAGGCGCGGCGUCUAGCCAAGCGCUCCAGCCUGGGCAGCCGCCGGGGGAGCGCCGCGCUGCAGCCGCCCGGCCCCGCGCCCGCGCCGGCCCGGGAAGGCGCGCUGCCCGGGCUCCCGCCCCCCGCCCCGGGCCCGGGCCCUGGCCCGGGCCCGGCCCCAGAGAGCUGGAGGCCACCGCUGCCGCCGCCGCGCAGCGCCGGGACCGGCCCCCCUCGGGCCGCCGGGGCCGCCGCCGCCGCCUCGUCUCCGGUGCUGCUGCUUCUCGGGGAGGAAGACGAGGAAGAGGAGGGCGGGAGCAGGCGGCGGAGGGGGCUCGGGCGAGUGCAGGCGAAGCCCCGAGGGGGCGCGGAGGAGGAGGAUGACGACGAGGAAGACGAGGACGAGGAGGUGGUCGUCGAGGUGGUGGACGGCGACGACGACGACGAGGACGGCGAGGAGCGCUUCGUGGCCCUGGGCCCCGGCCGCGCGCUCCCCAAGGGCCCGGCCCGGGGCGCGUUGAAGGUGGGGAGUGUUAAGCGGGAAAUGACCUUCACAUUUCAACCAGAGGACUUAAAACGUGACUCUAGUAAAAAGAUGUCUCAUCAGCACCUGUUCCCCUUGGCCAUGGAGGAAGAUGUGAAAACAGCAGACACCAAAAAAGCCAACCGAGUGCUUGACCAUGAGAAAGAAAACACUCGCUCCAUCUGUCUCCUUGAGCAAAAACGUAAAGUUGUUUCUUCCAACAUCGAUGUUCCUCCAGCAAGGAAGUCUUCAGAGGAACUGGACAUGGACAAGGUGACCGCGGCAAUGGUACUCACCAGCCUGUCCACCAGCCCUUUGGUUCGAAGCCCUCCUGUGCGGCAGAACGAGGGCCUGAGCGGAUCCUGGAAGGAGGCGGGCGGCGUGCCCUCCAGCAGCAGCAGCAGCGGCUACUGGAGCUGGAGCGCCCCCAGCGACCAGUCCAACCCGUCCACGCCGUCGCCGCCGCUGUCCGCCGACAGCUUCAAGCCCUUCCGCAGCCCCGCGCCCCCGGACGACGGCAUCGACGAGGCGGAGGCCAGCAACCUCCUCUUUGAUGAGCCCAUUCCCAGGAAACGAAAGAACUCCAUGAAGGUGAUGUUCAAAUGCCUCUGGAAGAACUGCGGGAAGGUGCUGAGCACUGCAGCAGGUAUCCAGAAACACAUCCGGACCAUUCACCUUGGGCGUGCUGGGGACUCUGACUACAGCGAUGGAGAGGAAGACUUUUACUACACUGAGAUCAAGCUCAACACGGACUCGGUGGCAGACGGACUAAGCAGCCUGGCCCCGGUUUCGCCCUCCCAGUCCCUGGCUUCGCCUCCCACUUUCCCCAUCCCAGAUUCAAGCCGAACAGAAGCUCCUUGUGCCAAAACUGAGACAAAAUUGAUGACACCGUUGAGCCGCUCCGCUCCCACCACGCUCUACCUCGUGCACACCGACCACGCUUACCAGGCCACACCCCCUGUGACCAUUCCGGGGUCCGCCAAGUUCACCCCCAACAGCAGCAGCUUUAGCAUUUCUUGGCAAUCUCCUCCAGUUACCUUCACAGGCAUUCCAGUGUCCCCAACCCACAGUCAUCCAGUGGGCACUGGAGAGCAGAGACAGCACACUCACACCGUCUUGUCCUCCCCACCCAGAGGGACGGUCAGCCUAAGGAAGCCCCGGGGAGAGGGCAAGAAGUGCCGGAAGGUGUACGGCAUGGAGAACCGGGACAUGUGGUGCACGGCCUGCCGCUGGAAGAAGGCCUGCCAGAGGUUCACUGACUGACGACGCCGCCCUGGCCGGCGCCCGCCGGAGAUGCUCCUGCCUUCGCCUUCCACGCAGGGCCUCAGAAAGCGCUUUUCCUUCCGAACAGAACACGCCUGAAGCCCAGGAAAAGCACUUCUGGGAACCUUGGUGGAAUUACAGCAAAAAAAGAAAAAGAAAAAAAGGAAAACCCACGAAAGGUCACUACCCUCCCUGUUCUUGCUGCGAACCCAGCCUACAGCAGCUGUAACUAUUUUUUUCCCGUGAAAAGCCACCUUUUGGGGGGCUGUAUGUCUAGGUCUGAAAACUGUGGACUUGUGUAGCAAUUGAACCAACCAAGCCCGUUUGACCUAGAAAGGUCUAUUUUGAUAAGCUUUCUGAAUAAUGCCGUUUCUGAGAUUUUUUUUUUUUUUUGACACUUAAGAAAGGAGGCUACACAUUAUUCAGUAGCGUUUGUACAAAAAACAAUCCCUGCAUUCGUUGUGAAUAGUCUUUUCCCUGUUCUCCACUGGACUUCUGGGAGCAGUACACAUCGUGAUCUUUUCUAUGUCUUUUUGGUUUGUUUGUUUGUUUUGUUUUGAAGAAUGGCCCCAGAUGGAACCAUGGUAGAGCUGUUAGCUUGAAGGGCCCCGGAUGGCAGAAGCUCGAAAAAAGAUUGACAUUUGACUGACAUCACCAGCAGACUUCAGCCCCAGCUGAGUUCAAGACGUGCCGCUGUCACUGAGGGGAAACAUCUGAGAGUCUUCCUCGGAAGCCCUUCCUCGAGAGGCAGCCCGGCUCAUCCACUCCCUGUCACAACGCAGCCAGGACCUGGCCCACGUUGCCAUCUGGGAAAGCCUCGAAGCUUCCUCAUGCGAUGCGAUGCCAGCCACAACUCAGAUCUGCUCAUCGCCGCUCGUCUGACAGCUGUUGCCAGGUCAAUGGCUCAUCAGGCCCUCCCUCAAAACGCCACCGCAACUGGUUUCAGAAAAGGUAGAGAACUCCAGACUCUCCUGGCAGGUUGGCUUCAGGCAGCAGAGCACAGCCUGCCUACACGUCCCUGUCUGUUCAGAAAGUCACGUGGGGUCAGCAUCCAUUCUGAGUGCACUUUUAUAUAGGUUUUAUGCUUUAGCGUGUCUGGGAGAUGGGUUAAUGGACAAUAUAAAGACUAUAUGGGAAAAGGGAAGGUCCAAACCUUUAUUUUUCUUAUCAGAAUAUUGGAGCUAGUCAUUAAGAAUUUGCUCGGAAGGGAACAUACAGAACACCAAAAGGAAAAUGCGUGUUGGUAUAGGAAUUUCUCAGUUUAGUAGGACCAGGGCUUGCACUGUGUUCCAUUUAAUUGGACUUUCGAGCCUGGUGUGUUUAUUGUUUGUCUUGGUGGCAGUGGUGCGGGGACAGCGGAGUAGUUGUCAAGCCCUAUAAAUAAGCUCAUUCUCUGUCUACCCUACUCUUGAUUGCCCUGCUAAAGUUACUCCUCCUGUACCUAUGCAAAGAAGUAAGAGCACCUUAGAGGAUGCACUGUGUUGGGAUGGGGGCCUAGAAUCAGCCAUAGGGAUGUUAAAUGAAAUUGCACAGAGCAAAGUUUAAUAUAUUUAGAGAUUGUACAUACACUUUUUUUAAAGAGUAGAAAGAAGUCAUCUAGUCGUAACAGAUACCCUGUUUUUAAAUAAGGGGAAUAGAAGGAGGCUCUUUGGUGUAACAUCUAGAAUUUGUGCAUUCAUAUAUUUUGGCAAUUUUAUUUUUUAAACUCUCAUAUGAUGUUUUAAACAUUCUUCCUUGUAAGAGAUACUGUUUUCUCCUUCAUUAAUUAAAAAAAAAAAAAAGAGCAGAGAAAGUGCUGUAGUGCACCUUGAUCACCAGCCACCUAGCACCAGCUAUAAUGGAUGUCUCAGUACUGACAAGGCGAGCCAGGAAAGGGUUUUUUCAGACAUAGUUGCAUCCUCUACCCCAGCCAGGCAUCCUGUCAUUUCACCCACAGGCACCUCUGCUGUGAGGUCCAGGAGGCCCUGAGCUGGGGCUGGAUUGCCCAGCGGCUGCAGUGAAGCCAGUGCUGGUCAACCAUUUGAGCAGGUGCACCAUGUGCUUCAGUGAUGGCUGGGGUGCAGUCCUGGAGUAUAGGGGUUUUUUUCCUUCAGCAAAGCUCCCUGGCCCUUGAUCUUUGGAUUAAGUCACUAAUCCAGAGGGGGUACAGCUCAGCAGUAGAGCAUGUGCUUGGUGUGCACAAGGUCCUGGGUUCAAUUCCCAGUGCCUUCGUUAAGGGAAAGAAAGAAAUAAAGGUGGUUUUUAUUUAAAAAAAAAAAAAAAAAGAGAGCGAGAGAUUAAAGUGAUAAGGUGCUCAGUCUAUCCCCCAACCCCUGGACUUUGGGACAGAAGUGGGGAGAGAGGGUUGCUGUGGAGCAAUCCUGGAGUGACGGUUUUGUGGGGGCUCUGUGACUUUGCCCCCAGAAGUACAGCCCAUGACUAGUUCUGAGCUCUGGCCUGGCUGAGCCCAGCUCAGUCCUUACCUCGGUAUUAGCCAAUGCACAGGUGUAAGCAGAAGUGUAGAACUGAAUGCCAGUUCCCUGGGAUUUCUUCUCCUUUCUAAAACCGUCUUUACAUACACUCUUCUGCGUCUCCCCACCACUCGGGGGCUCCUUUCUGCUGGUCAGCCCAGGGCUGUCUUCUCUAGCUCCCAAGUGGGCACAGACCCUCAGUACCUCCUGCAUAUAGACCCCCGCACCCUGUACCAAGGCAUGUAAUGACUAGGGGACUACCAAGCUUCACCUGGCUGGCCUUGAAGAAAACGGACGAAACUUCUUGCAAGGCACCCAGAAGGCUACAAGUUGCAAGAUACAGCACUGAUUGUAAACACUAAAAUUAAAAAAAAAAAAGAGCUAUUUUGUUAUAUUUUGGAACUAAAUGAAGUGCCAAAUUAAGCCCAAGAUUUUUUUAAUGCCUUCUCUGUGGUACCACAUUCUUUUCUGUCUCUUUUCUGCAGGAGGAGGAGGAGGGAGAUGGGUGGGAAGGAAGGUCCCAGGGCACGUGGCUAGUUACCGGGAGCCCCACCCCUCACGGGCAUCUCAGAGACCUGUCUGUGCGAAAGAAUGGCGGUGCAGUGGGUUCUGGUCCCAAAGUCUUUCUAAAGAAGGCAUGUUGUAGCCUUUAACUUUUCUCUCCCUGAUACCCUUCCCUUCAGACAAGAUGUCUCACCUCUCUCCAAAGAAGGCAUUUCCUGGUGAUGGACAGGCAUUCUCCAGAUAGCUCCACAGCAGAGAGAGCUCAUCAGGCAGUCGUUUAAACCUUAGUUCUUCCCAGAGGAUGUCCAUCCCAUUUAUAGGAGGGCAGUGUGAGCGCCUGGAGGAAGUACCCACGUAGCAAGUGAGUCGGGGGCCAGAGAAGAGACACCAGAGGACUGUGGAGGCCUGGCUCAGGCUCACCUCCCUCAUGCUGACUGGCCGAUGGUGACCAUCCCUGGGCACCUCCAAGGGAGCUGCCAGGUUCCCACCCGAGCGGCUCCGCCCAGGGAUGCAGGACUGCCGUGUACAUCUUGAGUGGGACUUCUCUCCACCUUGUUUGCUAAAAAGUUUCCUCCCUCAUUUGGCAAAAGCCAGUGUCAGGAAGAGGGCAGUGGGUUUCUGGGCAGGAAUGUGCGUGCCUGUCCACAGCUCCGGCACCAGCAGGGCGGGUGCCCUUCAUGAGACGAUUCCUUGUCCAGUCCUAACCGCGUUGCAGAUGAGAACUUACAAGAGAGAAUGAUGCGGGUUACAGUUCUUGGGCUUUCCAACAAGAAAUAGUUACAUGGAUGUUGCAAGAUUUCUGAAACAGACGUGCCCGCUAUCAAACUGCAGGAGCACUUGAGUUGAAGUCAGCUGUCGCUGGUGUCACACUAAGCCACACUGAAAGCAGCCCUGGGUUCCGAAUUAGCCGUCACUACUGGAACCCAUUACCGCCUUCAUCAGACUUCACUGGAAAAGGAAAGCGCAGCAUUCACUUGGGAAUGUUUAGAGAAAAGUGGCAAGAACUGUACAUAUGGGAGAGGAUUCCUUGACAAGAGUAGCAAAAUACUGUUAAAAAAAAAAACAUUUCCUCAGGGAAAACUAAAGGGUAUGUGAAAAAAUAGAUCUGGAGGAUCCUAAGACUAGAAAGGCUUCUAUUGUCUCCAGCAUCUUUUCUAGUCAGAACAGUUUUUUUGGUUUUUGGGUUUUUUUAAUGAACAUGAUAUCAUUUCAAGAUAAAUUGACAUGAACUGGACAGUUCUGACUUCUGGGGGUGAGGACGAAUGCUCUGUGAAACAGAGCUGUGUCUUUGUUUCAUAGUCCUGCAUUCUGAGGCUGGCAUCCGAACCACAGCGCAGUCCCUGGUGGGUUUUCGCAGACUCAUGUAAGGCUGUUUCUGAAUGUAAUUAUGAAUCUGACACCUUGGUGUUCCUUUUUAUAAUUAGCCAGUUGGAUGACUGGUUGUUAGUUACACGCAGAAUUCUGUAGGUGAAGGGCGUUAUAAAUGUUCAUUUUGUUUUAAUGGCAUGUUAAGGAGCAAACUUCCAUGGACUUUUGUGGACAAGGUGCUGCUUUUUCACAAGACCCUGUAGAAUUUCUCUCGACCAUGUCAACUGUAGCUUUGACCUGUAUGAACGCAGGGAAGAAUUUGUGCAUACAAAUGAGUGGAAACAGAGCAGGAUUCAUGAAUAUGGAUCAUUUUGGGGAAUGCGCUGGGCACACGGGUCAACUGGAAAACUCAUUUCUCUAAGAAAAUAACCCAACCAGCAGCACACACGCUCUCCCCGUUCCCCAUACCUGUGGGAAUUUCUCCAGAUCGGAACUGCUUCCUUACGUCUUUUGCAUUGUAACUAGUCAAACCAGAAGUCAGUAAAUAAAAUGAGAUUAGCACUUUUAGGUACCAACUGUAUCACUAAGUAACGCGCACCAAUAAAGCAAGAAAGUAUAAAAGGUAUUUAAGGCCAACUGGUUUGCUUAUGGUGACUGACUUUGAAAAAAGCCCAGAUCCAAUGAGAUAUACAUGCUUUAAAAGGUGUAUCUGUCAUAGGACCAGAAACCAAAAUGGGAAUUUUACAUCUGGUCCUGUUUUGUAAAUAGUUCCUUUUUUUUGAAGACAAUCUCAUGUUUUAUAACUUUUCUUGUGAGUCUGAGAAUCACAAUGGUAAUGUGUUGUGUCAAAAUGUAAUCUUAAAUACAAUAAUUAUAACUUAAUUUUCCAAAUAAGACAAGAAAUAUACUGCUUAGGCUUCUGCAGUUCUGAGAAAUGUGACACUUUUAUACUAAGCAUUAGUACUUAACUUCUCGAGUUAACAGAACUGGAAAUAUUUUACAAGAUGCAGUGUUUUGUAAUCACAAAGAACAUGAACAUUUUGUGGGAAAUGACCUUGGUUUUAUACAUUGUAGCUUAUUUUUUAAAAUACAAUAUUUUACCAGACAGGAAGUGUUAACGUUAUAAGCAAUUCCUGCUCUCCAAAGGGCUAUGCCUCUUUUAAGCAAGUGUUUCGAUGCAUAUCUUUUCACUUAACCCUCUGCAGCAAGAGUAGAAAUGCAGAUCCGAUGGAAAGAUUAUUACAAGAGAAUCAAGAUGGCAGCAGCUACUCCUUUUAUCAUUACCAGUGUGUUUUCAAAGUAUUUGGGGGGGGGGAGAUAUUUUAAGAAUCAUCAAGUAUAUUUUAAAUCUUAAAAAUGUCAAUAGAUAUGCUUACUGGCAGUGGGAGAAAUAUACUUGUACAUUCUUUAGUGUAAAAAUGACAAGAUUCUGUCACAAGGACAAGCUUAUUGCUCAGCCUACCAGAAGCACAAAGCUGCAUUUAACUAGCAGGUAUCACUUGAUGGAAAUUUCUAAAAUCAUGGCAUGUGAGCCCAAAGACAGGAUUCUUAGGGGAUCAGUGACAUUUAAAAUAACUUCGUCCUCAGCACUAACUAAAGAACUUUAAUUUCCUUAUCAGAACAAGUGCUUGAUUUUGCACAUGAAGAAUUCACAGACUCGCGAGUCUGAGAUCAGGAAGUCACUGUAUUCCCAAGAGUCGGAAGACAAGGAAGGGCGCUAUGUGGAGAGUUUAUUAACCACACAAACAAUUCGGAGCUUGGCCAAAACCAUUUCAUAAUGCUGUACAGUGUUUUCUAGCCCACUCACUGUUAAAACAAGAAAGCACCUUCUUCUAAGAUUUUAGUAAUUCAGAAGCUAGACUGAUUAGUCAAGUUUGCAGAUAACAUCAAAAAAAAAAAAGCUGGGAUAGAAUGGUUGUACACCCAUUGGGCACCUCCUAUGAGGUGGUCAGAGGGUCACUCAGACUUUGCUUUCAAAUGAGCUUUAGUAUGUGCACAUAUGAGGACUAGAAAUGCACAGAGUUAGGGGAAGAUGUGUACGGCCUCAUCUCUGAGACCAGGCAGUGUGCAAAUCUCUACCUUCAUUCUCUUGGAAUCUCUCUGUUGUUGGCAUUAAAGUUCCCAAGAAGUGUUUACUGCUGCAUGGUUUUGAACCAAACGAGUUUUGCUUCGUAUUUCAAUAGAAGCUUCCUAAUGGUAAAUAGCAGAUGCCUUAGAAAGACCAGGCAGAUACUGUCACUGAAUGAUGCAGAUCAGGCAAAAGAAGGGCACUAGAGAAUAGCAGAGAUUGUGGUGAACCAGAGAACACAUGCCCCUUUGAAGGGGGCCCCAGCUCUAGACAAUCAGAACCAUGCAGAAAUCAGGCCCAGGGCUGCUAGAUCUUCCGACUGGGAAAUAGGAUGUUACCUGAUACUUCAGCUAAAUUCAAAUUCUUGGCCAACACUGUGCAGGCCAAAGAAAACCUGUACAUGGGCGGAUGCAGCCUUUGGCCAUCAGUUUCAACUGCUGGGAACAGCAGAUUUCGCAUUCCAUAGCCAUCAGGUCAAGUUCUUCCAUCAGCCCCACAAACUCACCAUUGGCACUCUCUGGGCAACUAUCAUCCAAGAAGGGAAAGAGGUCAUUUCUUCCCCAGGAAUCCUUCUCAUGGAAGACUUGAAUAUCAAAAGACAAUAUCCUUAAGCUAGCCUUGCCUCUGAUCGAAAUAUACUGAAGUAUUAUCCAGCUCUCACUCUGCCUCCUGGCAUGCCCAGGCCAGGCCCCAAAGCAUUGAAUGACUGUAAUCCUAACUUUCUGACUGUUUUCAUUACCGUGACCACUGUGACGAGGGGCUGGCAAAGAGCCACUGCAGUCUGAUAGCACACGCUGCCUCCUUGUGCCAAAGCCCUUUGCCAGCCCCUCCACACCCCUUCCCACUCCAUCCUGUCCCAUGCAUUUUCAUCCCAGGGUGAAAGUUCCAUUAAGUUUCACCUCCAACAUGGCAAAAUCCGUGCUUCAGAACUGGUAGGUAGGUACUUAGGUAGUUUAGAUUGUCCACUAACCUUAAAAAUGGGGUUUUUCCACAUAGAAAACCUUAACAUCUUUGUCUGAGGUCAAAGACAAAAUGGGAAGAAACGUGUUAUGGAAAAAAAAAUAGAAGUUGCUUCCUUCGUUUGGAUGAACUAAGUUAAGUUUAGCCUGUAUCUUACACCAGAGUCCUGAUGGUGUCGGCAUAAUCACUAAUCCUUUCCCAUAUGUAAUAAAGUAUGUCUCUUUCAGAUACUUGACUUCAUUUGACCUUGCCUAGAGCCCAGUGUAGAAUAAGAAUAUUUAGGGUCACCAUCACCACCUCCAAGGUCAACCUGGUUCAAGUGGUCUUGAACCUGUGAGCCAGCCUUGUUACUGCCUGCAGGGAGGAGGGGAAGAGCUGGCUCAGAACAGUCUCCCAGGAUGACUCUAAACCUGAGAAGACCCAGGGAUCCAUGUUCUCCACCCAUCCUUGCAAUCCAGGUCUUUAGCAUAGAAGUAAAGAGCCCACGCAUUCACAUGGUCAAAUGCAGACUUAAUCACCCCCAAAUUUAUCGCUUUAGGGUACCUACCAUGCCCCUAGUUCCUAAAUUCCAACCAUCUAAGUUGUCAAUUAUAGUUUAUUAGCUACUACAGUGUUCUGAGUGAAAGUUUUGACUCCUUGGAAAAAAGUUAUUUUGCUGUUAACAUUCAGCAUUUGUUAUCCAUGUAAACUUACAUUGAUGCCAAAAAACAAAAAUGUGAAAACAGCUCAGAUUUACGAUUUGUAAUGAUCAAAUUGAAAAGUACUGACCACUCAGGUUGGAAACACUUGGUAAUAUGGUUAAGUCAUGUUUCAGUACAAAUGCAAUUUAAACAGCUUUGGUAGGGCCUGAGAUUUCUGCCAUCAUGAGUGAUUACAAGGUUGACCAGUGCAUGAAUGGAUUUCAUCUUACCCUUCUCCCAUGAGGUCACCAGGCUUCACAUCCUGAGUUUAGGGUAAAGCCUAAAAUUCCCAAGUUCAGUCUUGGAGCUUUCUAGAAGGGGCCUAACCCAUGGUGGCCUGUCACCUACUUCAUUCACGGGCUUUUUGAUAAAUGAUACUUUGAUUCUGUUUCUAAAGCAAUACAACACUGGGGGAGGAGACAGGUGGGCAUUGUCCUCCUCUGCUGGAAAAGAAGCCCGUUUUGUAGUGGUUGGCACCAAUGCUUGACAGUGCCAGGACUUAAAGGGACACAAGCUCUAGGAAACAAGAAAAAGCUGUCAUUCCAAAAGAAAGUUAAGUAUAGAUUUUUAAAGAAGGAGGAGAUUCUGAAUUCAAUGCUUAAACUGUAGUCCUUGGUUUAAAAAAAAAAAUCCUCUCUCAUAUUGAAUGUCAUCCACAUAAUUAACUACCAGCUUCCAAAGAAAAGAUCCCCUUUAUUUGUAUUAUGAAAGUGUUAAAAAUUAAUUCUCAAGUCUCAUUAACUGUUAACAUUUACAUACUUACUAGGAUCAAGUCCCUAAAUUUUUAAUUCAGAAAAUUAACCAGGGGAGCAAGUAGCAAUGCCUGAAAAAGGCAAGAGAGCUGUCAUUAAAGAACAAAAUUUUCAGUUAAAAAAAAAAAAAAGCUGCAGGGGGAGGGUAUAGCUCAGUGGUAGAGUGCCUGCUCAGCAUGCACGAGGUCCUGGGUUCAAUCCCCAGUGCCUCCAUUAAAAAAUAAAUAAAUAAUUACCUCCCUCCAAAAAAAUAAUAAAUUUUUUUAAAUAUAUAUAUAUUUAAAAAAUUUUUUAAGUUGCUCAUCUAUUUUCUUCUGAAUUCUCGGUACAUCUCUGACUGAAGAGGGAAAACCAGCACUCUGGAGAAGAAAUUAAGAGAGAGAAGACAGUCCCCAUUCUGGUUAUUAGUCAUUUUACCGCAACCACCUUGAAUUUGCUAGUGAAAUGUUCCUCUCCCCUCUUUGCCUUCACUUCCCCGAGGAAGAGGCCAUGCUGUUAUUACGUGCGUUUGCUUCCAAAAGCUCUGGAUUGAACACUUUUGCUUCCAUGCUCCUGAUUCCUCCCUGUUAAACUAAGGUCCAAGGGGCUAAGUGUUACUGUGACUGGUAUGUUAGGCUCAGUCGAUGAAGCUACUCCCCCUGUGCUUCAGGGAAAUGUUUCCAUUUAUCUGAAGAGUUUUUGGUCAUCGUUCAGACAGAGUAGUAAGGCAUACAACGGGCCAUACUCCUCACAAAGGAUGCAGUCAGACUCCCUCAUAAAGAAUGGUGAGGCAGGUGUCUAAUCCUUUCACUUUGACUCAAAGCCUCCUUCGCAAGUCCUCUACCCAACCCUUCCCUUCCAGUGCAAAGCCAAUGGAGCGAUGGGGCAGAGGAAGAGGGCUUCACACUUCAUUGCUCCGGGCCCUGACCUCUGCCUAGGGUUACAGAGCAGGAGAAAGCUCAAUUGGCCUUUAUUAGGUGAAAAGGACAUGGCUUCUGCAGGCUAUAAUUGUUUCCACAUUCUAUUUCUGCAAAGAGAAAACUAUUCCAAUCUGCUCAUGUUGUGGAGCAUGUGUCCCUCACCCCGGUGGCGCCCCCUUCCCAUGUUUUGGGCACAGAUGGCCAAGACAGAGAGGAAAGAGGCAGAGCUUUGGAGGCCAGUGGCUCCAGAGUUGGGAUUACCCCUCAGGGAUCUAUAGUGUAGCAUAAUCAUAAACUACCCCUACUCAAGGGGGACCAGAAAAAAAAAAAAAAGGAUGCAUCAAUUUGCAGAUUACAAACCCUUGCUUUGCUUUUUACGCCUUUUCGCCUACACUCUGCUAAUUAGAAAUCAAUGACUGUGACUUGACCAAGCCCUGUGAUGAGAGCAAAGCUUCUUCUUCCAAAGUAUCCCGACUGUUUGGGGAACCUCUGUGAUCACUGGUAGAAAGCUUUAGAAUAUAUUUAGAUUUUAGGGAAGAACUCAAAACCCCCAAAACAUACUUCUUCCAUAACUUAAAUAACUGAAAAUGUCCUGGGUGUAAAAUAAUCCAGGCAUGUGGAUCAUAUAUGUUUUUAAAAAAUGCCAUUAAUCAAUAUUUUCCUACAAUGUGACCUGAAAUUCCUAUUUUUAUAAUUAAUGGUUGGACGAUGGUCAACCAUUGAAACAUAUGCUCUCUGGAAUAACCAGAUACUAGUGUAGUUUCCAAAGUGUUUCGUGUAUCAAAAUCUAUAUACUUGGAGGAAGAACUCAGGAUAAGAAAAAAUCGCUAGGUCCCAAAGGGUUUGUGACUAUCAUCAAAUACCACUGCUGAGUGGCCUGCGGUAAUCUUUUGCAAAUGAGGGGGCCGAGGAGUGAGAGCACCACGGUCAUCACAAAACCUCUGUUGCCCUUAGCCCAUGAUGAGGUUUAAAAACACUCUACUUUUCAAAAUUAAGCCAUCUUUCAAAUUGUUUUCUACACCAAAUCUAACAUGUUAAGACAAAACUAUAAAAUGGCUUAAAUGGGGUAUUUAUUGGAAAUGCUGUCAGUAGAAAACGUUGCUUUUUAGUGCCUGCCAAGGAAGUAAAGAGAAAGACAGACAAGAAACAGCUCUUCCUGUACAAUGUUAGUGUUAACUGACAGGCGUUCACUUGGAAUUAGGCACCAAUUCAAAAGCAAUGUGACAAUGCUCUCCAAUUUUUAGAGAUCUUUCAAAAUACAACGUUACCACCAUUUGGAGGUAAGUACUUGCUUACAAAAGUCUUUAAUAUCAGUGAAUGAAUGUAAAAAAUUACCAACUAUGCAUUUUCAAAGAAUAACGAGUAUUUUGUAUCAAAUCCAAGUCAAAUUUUUUCCCUAGAGAAUAACCACAACCACAAAUUAUUCAAAACAGACCUGAAUGCCUGUCAUGAUGGGGAUGUAGAACUUCCAUCUGCAUACUUCUAGCUGACAUUUCUAAAGACAGUACAUUGAAACUUCAGGCUCUAAAUAAAUUCAGCCACUAAGGUGAACAGAUGAGAAAUGGUUUAUAGUUUAAGUGUACUUCUUCAGCAGAAAUGGAAACUGUUGGCUGUUACAAAAUGUGCCCAGUUUUUUUAGAGGUGGAUGUUCUAGUGACACUGGAUUAGCAAGUGAAAAAAACUGCAUGAAUUAGUGAAUACUGCCUUGGAUAAAUAUAGCAUAGGUUGUGUCUAUCGUGUUUAAUUCUCAAUCUAAGGAAAAAGCUAUUCUCCAAAGGGGUUGGAUUAUAUAGUUUCAAAGGACAAAGUAUAAAAAUAGUGUCCAGCAAAGCAAAACCAUUGAUCAUCUUUUUUUUUUUCAAAAUUACACAGAGAGCAUUACUUAUAUUUUUUGGAAAGUCCAUAUAGGAUAUACACACAUUUCUUCAGCCAUCAUGUUGAUUUUGUGUUUCCAUGAAACCCUUUUCCCUAAUAAUUUAUCUGCUCCUUAAUCAGCACUUUCCUACGUUAUUCGGCAUGGAAAAAAAAAUUUCUUUCCUUCAUCUGACGAUGUUAAAACAAAGAACUCUGUCUCUCUGCCAUCGCGGUUCUCUUCUAUGUCCAUUGAGAAAGUUUCUCAACUGUGUGUAUGUAAAAUACGGAAAAACACACUUCUCAACCUGGUUACUUGUGGUUAUACUGGAUAUGUUUGCUACCUAUUUAGAAGUUAUUAGGGUCGGGGAUGUGUCUUUUUCUAGGAUUUUUAGCCAAAUUCAGAUGUUCUGAUACUACAUUUCUGAAAACCUAUCCGACUGUAAAUACACAGCCUGUGGGGGGUUCAGGUUAAUAAACCUUUUCCGUGACUGUUCCUCAGCCAUCCUCCUCGCCAGCUUUGGGCACCUUGUACAUAGAUUUGUCAAAUGUUUAAAUGAUGUUGUUUUUCUAAAUGCUGUUCUCUGAAACAACUUUUUGAAUGUGCUUAGUUUCCAUUGUUUGGGACUUUGUGUGUUGGUUUCAAAACAAAACAAAACAAAAAAAUGUUUCCUAAAUAUAUAACACCAGGAAAAAUAUUUCAGAUAAACUGGUGCUAACUGAAAUAGAAGAAAAAUUUCAGAUGGAAGAUUUACCAUAUAAAAUGUUCACACCAGUUAAACUGAACUGCACUUUCCCAAGGGGACAGCUGGCAUCUACCUGCAAUGGACAUCAGGAGGGCCACAGAACGUUUACAGUUUCUGUGGCCCAUUUAAGGGUAAAAUAUAGAAACGGUGCUGUCCCCCCAGAGUUGAGGGUUUGCUGCAUUGGUCCGAUGGAAGCAUUUACGUAGAAGUAAAGGUCUAGAGUAAGAAUCACUUUAGUAAUAGUCUUCUGGUCUUUGGACUUUCAUGUUCUGUAAUGCUUAGCUGUAACAGUGGAUAUGGUGUUGCCAAUCUAGUCUGACGUCCUCGUUGACCUGUGUUUACUGCGUGUAUGUUUCUACCUUGGGGUGCACUGGCACGUGCCGAGCCAGAACACUGGACUUUCAGGAAGACCAUUCUGACUUCUGCGGUGUCCACACACAUGCAUUUAAAUGCAUUUGUAAGUGGUUAAUUACCAUGAAGUCUAACUUCCACUUAAUAAAAGUUUUUGUGUAUCUGCUUCUA